AUGGAUGUCAACGGAACAUUGAGGGAAGAUCAGAUGAUCAUUUUGUCUGCUGUGUACUUAGUUUCUCUUACUCCCAGUUUGAUAGGUAGCGCUUCUGUUCUGUUGGUUUCCAUUGUAAAAUGGCAACGACUACAAGAACAGGUGCUGCCUUUGGUGCAGCUUGCCCUGGCAGACUUCCUGGCUUCACUAAUUCUGAUGUUCACCAGUGCAAUGAACCUCACGGGCUACUUCAGACACAGUGUCUCCUUCUGCCAACGAGCUCUGCCACUGUCACUGACAUUCUACCUCAUUUCAUUUCUGAUGGUGGUGGUUUACUCCUGGAAAUCUAAGAACAUAUUCAGAGGAUGGAGGGUGACACAGGGCCACAGCGAGGGCCAACAGGUUAUGUAUUACAAGGUGGGCUACUGGUAUAAUAACUAUGACCAUCAGGGUCUACUUCCUGGGGAGGCAGAUGGACGUUCUCGACACAGACUGAGGAGAAUAUACUCCACAGCGCGUAAUAUGGUGUUGAUCAUCCUAUUCUGCUGGACACCAGCACUUUUACUGACCAUCAUGUCUACCCUUUCACCAUGGACCAAAGUAUCACAAAACAGUAUUUUUAGUCUCUACAUCAUACAGGCAGUGAGCAUGUCGCUGCAAGGCUUCCUCAACAGCAUGGUCUACGCCUGGAGACGACCCAACUUCAUAGACGCCGUCCUAGGGGAGAGCACGCCCUUGUUGCUGCACGAGCGCCAGGCCUUCUUCGAGGAUUCACUGAGGACCACAACACGACCGCACACAAUUUGA